CAGCUUUGUUUUUGUUAUGAUAACAAACGUUACAAAACAAGCUAAAAACUAAGGGUUUUUAAAAAAUUACAAGCUAGGAGCAAUAAAAAAGCAGUGAAAGUGUUUAUUUUUACCGAAAAAUAUCAAUCAAACCCCGACAACACAAAAUGGAAGUAGCACCAGAUAUCAACGACGGCCAACCACAAGAGGAGGAGGAAGAACCGAUUCCAGAAGCCGCGCCAUCUCCUCCACGUCCCGACGACGACGACCACUGGGAAGAAGCAAUCCGGGUAGCCGGGAGCAUGGUGCAAUCCACGUACGAACGUGACCAACGGCCAGCCGAAUUCAAGUGCCGCCUCGACCGAUCCAGAACCUCCAACCGGAACACCCCGUACAGUACGCACCGUCCCAAGUCGGCACAAAUUUCGCAGUUCCUCAACGCAGCCAUGGUCAACAACACGGAACUGCUGCAGCAAAUGAUCGACCGGGGCUUCAAUCCGGAUCUACGCGAGCCCACGUUCAACCGGUCCGCCCUGCACAUUGCCUGCAGCCGUGGAUUCACCGACACGGUCCGACUCCUGCUGGAAAACGGUGCCAAUCCGAACAUUCGCGAUCUCAACCAAAACACCCCGCUACAUUUGGCCGCCUGCACGGAACACAUGGCCAUAAUCGACCUGCUGCUCAAAUACGGCACCAACGUUACCCUCAAGGACGCUAGCGGCCUAAUCGCGCUGGAGAUUGCCAUCGGGAAGCUUCGCCUCUCGGACCGAAUCAUCUCCAAGAUGCAAAAACUGACCAAAAGUGACAUCCACACCCACCGGAACAAUGUGGUGAAGGUUUGCGAGAUGAUUUUCAACGCGUUCAAGCAGCAGGUCAGCGGCGGAAGUCUCCUGUACGUGGAUCCGAGUCCGGCCGGGCACGAACAUCAGCGCCACCUGGAGGAACUGUUGGCCGAUCUGAGCGAGCAGCUGCGGAGGGUUCGGGAGCGCACCAUCGACUUUGAUUCCAUCGUGGACCGGGUGGAGAAUUUGGGCAUUCGGGGCGAAAUCGACAGCGACGUGGACCAGCUGCUGUCGACGCUGCAGAAGUUGGCCGUUUGAGGAGGGGAGUGGGAAGUGCAUGAUUGAGUUUUGAGCAAUCGGUUUCAUCAACAUUCCGUGGAAGAGAGAGGAAGAAGGAGGUGCGAAAUUAGGUUUACCAAACUAAGGUACUUUGCUAGUCUUAAUUUGAAAGGUUUAAAUUAAUCUCAAUUAAUAACCAGAAAACGGCAGCACAAAGCACUUGUAGCGUUCUGAGUAAUUAUC